ACGUCAAUUUGGCAGUUGGUAAAUUGUCAAAGUACAGAAGAGAAGGCACACAAAAUAUACAAAACAUGUUUUUGAUAAAAAAAUAGUGCGCAACUCGUUCCUUUCUAAUUUAAAACAACACAUUGUACAAAAUGUAUUGCCGCCUGAAGAUACAAUGUUGUUGUGUAGGAGGAAUUCUUUGUAGAUCCCUGAGUUCGGCAGAAAUAUCCACUGCUUUAAGACCUUUCUAUUUUAGUGUUCACCCGGAUUUAUUUGGAAAAUACCCAGAACAAAGGAAAAUUAAUGAAAAUUCUCUGCAACAGCUAAGUGCUCUAAUAGAAGCUCAGCAAUCUAGUCACAACAUGUCUGUACCAACUCUUCCAUUCUAUUUAAGACAAAAGGACAAGCCAGAAGGUAAUUUUAAACUAGUUAACAUACAACUGAACAGCAGAGACGUGAGAGAGACAAUAGUGAAAAUCUUAAAUGCCUGUGAUAUAUCAACAAGUUUUGUAGAUAAACUACCAAAGAGUUCACCUAAACCACAUUCCAGAAAUAUUGAUUUUUCGAAAGCCUAUGAACAGUACACAACAGAAUUUGAAAAAGCAGCAGAAAUUAAAAGAAAAGUUGAAGAAAAAAAGGCCAUCACCAAUAUUAUAGAAUGGAUCUAUGAAAAUAGUGAUGUCGCGAAAGAGAAAUAUGAAUCUACAAGAGCCACACGAGAUCAAGUUAAAACCCUUAUAAAUAAACUCUGCAAAACAUAUGGUAUAAAAGAAGUUAAGUAUGACAGUGGAUGGAAUAUCAGUCACAUUAGAGGUGCUCUUCAAAGUCUUGCGUCGAUGGCAUCGCAGCAUACUAAACAUAUGGGCAAUUUAAAAGCUAGAACAAUAGCGUUAGGUCAAUUCACUGGAGUCAGUUUAGAUGGUGAUGUGUAUCUUAAUAUUAUUGACGUCCGAAAUGAGUGGCUUUCUUUAAUAAAGAAAGUCAGUCAAGAAGACAGUGCCUUAAUAGAGAUUCCAAAAUAUGAGAAAGCCUUAUCCAGUAUACUAAGGGACAUACACAUAUGUAGGAGGAAAUUCAUGCCGAAAGUGUCUGCAGCUCAAUAUUGCAGCCAUCUUAGACAAUUAAUUACAUCAAUAGGAGACUUUUACGGGCAUGGGAGGAAAAUUCCGGAAUCUGUGCCAGAAUCUCUCAGCAAAUACGAAAUAGUUGUUGAGCCAGAGGCGGGCCCUCUGAUGGUGUCUCCCACGGGGCAGUUCAUCACACCCUCCUCUUGUCCAGCGGAGGAGCUCAUCCCGUUCAUGGCCAACCAUCUCGACGAGGCCAUGUUACUUCUCACAGAAUAUAGCAUUAAUAAACACGUGGAAAAGGCGCUCCAUAAAGAAGUCAAGGAGAGAUUUGGCCUGUUAGAGCUGCAAAAGGAUGACAGCAUCACUCCUGGGCUAAUGAUCAUGUGCUGUCAGAGACUGCUCACUCGAAUAGAUAAAGUGGGAAUGAAACUACAUGGAAACAUUUUGUACGUCACACACUACUAUUCCGUGCUAUCAGAGGGUGUGUUGUGUAUACCUUGGAAUUUCAAGUGACAAUAAAAACACCGUUAUUAUCAAGAUAAUGAGUUUAUUGACAAAAUCGAAAUAUUACUAAUACAUAUUUACAUCGUCUAUACAAGAGAAUUUAUUACAAUAUUCGAAUAUUAAUUAAGUUUAUUUAGUAACUAGCAGAUGUGAUGAAAUGUCUAAUUCAAUUAAAAACAAAAUAUUAUGUAUAUAGCUUAUAAUAUAACAUUUACAAAUAGGUACAAUAAAUCAGUCUAAUAAG